UCCAUAGAAUACUUUUGACUUUUCUGCUUGUUAUUGAUCAAGGAUUUCGAGGUCACUUGCUCUAAUCAAUCUGUAGCUAGUUCUCAAGUGUAUGUAGUGCGGUCGUUUUGUUGGAGCAUUGUAAUUCUCCUCUACCCUGAGAAAUGCUGUCAAGAUUGUCGGUAUUUUCAAUCAAAAAAAGUAUUCCUCUGGUAACAUCGGUACGAUGUGGUCACUGGAAUAAACAUUGGAAAGCUGGUCCAUAUCCUAAAACUGAGGAGGAGAGAAUAGCGGCUGCCAAAAAGUACAAUUUGCUGCCUGAGGAAUAUGAACCCUAUGAAGAUGAUGGCUGGGGCUGGGGUGACUAUCCAAAGCUUCCCCCUAUUUCAAUAAUAAACAAGGACCACUGGGAACCUUGGACGUGUCCGGAAGAUAGAAGAGACUAUUGUGAGCCACUAAUUAUCUAUGAACACAUACUUGCGGAAGACCGUGGUGAAUGGCCCAUCACAGAUCCAGGUGUCUGGGGAAUUCCAUUUUGGAAACAGUGGUUAUGUUUUCUUGGUGCGGUUGGUACCUGUGUUAUCUUAUUUAAUGUACCUCAAAAGUAUAAUUUUAUUAAUUGUAAACCAUUCUUAGCAAGACACAUCCCGGAACCAGGUAAAGUUCAUUACACAUAUGCACAUAGAAGUCCUGAUCUUAUCUAUAAGCACUGAAACUUUUGGAAACUUUGAUUUUAAGGAUAGUGAAGGUAGCCUCAAAAUCAUUGGGGAAACUCAAAAAAUCUUGUUUUAAAGCAAGCUAUGAAAGGAAUCUGUUAUGUGUAUGCCAAAGACCUUUGGCGCUUAUGCACUCCCAAUAAUUAUAUUACAACCUCUCCUCUUGUACACUUAGUCAUAGAUGACCUAAGUUAAGUUUCAUCAUACUCGUGUCAUCAGGCUGGUCAACCUUGCCAAAACAAUUCAUCGUUUGCUCGAUUUCUAUAUUAAAGCUCAUAAAUUCUCACAGAAUUUUUAAAAAUAAUGUUUGCUUUAAACACUGUUAUUGAUUUUUAAAAUAAAAUUUUAAUGAUUUAA